AUGAAGCAGUUCAAGAACAAGUACCUUGCUUUGAAAAAUGAGUGGCAGGCUUGGAAUAAAUUGAUGGACACCAGUAAGGGUGCAACUGGGAUUGGGUUCGACAGGUCAACCAGGUUGUUCACCGCGUCAGACGAAUGGUGGGAAAAUUUGAAAUCGACAAACAAGCUAGCGUACAAAUUCAAGACCAAGCCAUUGGAACAUGAAGAUUUGAUGCGGGAAGUUUUCACAGGGGCAACCGCGACUAGGAAACAUCAUUGGACGCCCGACGAGCAAGUUGUGGACAUUGCGGAUGGUGAAUCCGAUUCUGCUAACUCACCUGGGUUGCAGCCAUUUACUGCGCCAUAUCAGUCGGUUGUCGACUCACCACCACCCUCUUCCAUUAUCCAGGUAGAUGAAACGGAGCAAGGGUCAAAGCGUAAAAAGGGGGCUAGUUCAAGUGGAAAGUCUAAGAAGUCGUUCACUGGCGCAUCAGUGCUUGCAAACAGUUUCAACCAUCUAUCCGAGGCUGUUCGUUCACAGAAGCACCUUACGAUCAGGCAUGGAACUGGUGCCUCUUAG